GUCGAACUGGGGUUUCUAGUCCCUCCUGGCUUCCCGUUCUCCAGACCCGGCGGACGGAGACAGCCGAGGCCUCCAUAUUGAAAAAGCGACCCGGCCCGUAAAGGGUCGGUGAGGUGUGGACAGCUCUGCAGACCAGCCUCGGCGGCUCCAGGGGAAGGCAAUAUGUUAAGGAUACCUGUAACAAGGACCUUAAUAGGCCUUUCUAAGUCUCCUAAAGGAUGUGCUCGAACAACUGCCACAGCAGCAAGCAACUUGAUUGAAGUAUUUGUUGAUGGUCAGUCUGUCAUGGUGGAACCAGGAACUACCGUCCUCCAAGCUUGUGAGAAGGUUGGCAUGCAGAUCCCUCGAUUCUGUUAUCAUGAAAGGUUGUCAGUUGCCGGAAACUGCAGGAUGUGCCUUGUUGAAAUUGAGAAAGCGCCUAAGGUUGUAGCUGCUUGUGCCAUGCCAGUAAUGAAAGGUUGGAAUAUCCUGACAAACUCAGAGAAAUCUAAGAAAGCCAGAGAAGGUGUGAUGGAGUUCUUAUUAGCAAAUCACCCAUUGGACUGUCCUAUUUGUGACCAAGGAGGUGAAUGUGAUUUGCAGGAUCAGUCCAUGAUGUUUGGAAGUGAUAGGAGCCGAUUUUUAGAGGGGAAACGUGCUGUGGAGGACAAGAACAUUGGGCCAUUGGUAAAAACCAUUAUGACUAGAUGUAUACAGUGUACUCGCUGCAUCAGAUUUGCAAGUGAGAUUGCAGGAGUAGAUGAUUUGGGAACAACAGGCAGAGGAAAUGAUAUGCAGGUUGGCACAUACAUUGAAAAGAUGUUCAUGUCUGAACUUUCUGGAAAUAUCAUUGACAUAUGCCCUGUAGGUGCCCUGACCUCUAAGCCCUAUGCCUUUACCGCCCGGCCUUGGGAAACAAGAAAGACAGAAUCCAUUGAUGUGAUGGAUGCAGUUGGAAGUAAUAUUGUGGUCAGCACAAGAACUGGAGAGGUGAUGAGGAUUUUGCCAAGGAUGCACGAGGACAUCAAUGAAGAAUGGAUCUCUGAUAAAACCAGAUUUGCCUAUGAUGGGCUAAAACGUCAAAGACUUACCGAGCCAAUGGUCAGAAAUGAAAAGGGGCUUUUAACGUAUACCACCUGGGAGGAUGCGCUCUCUCGUGUAGCUGGAAUGUUGCAGAGUUUUCAAGGCAGUGAUGUGGCAGCAGUUGCAGGUGGCUUGGUGGAUGCUGAAGCCCUGGUAGCUCUCAAAGAUUUACUUAAUAGAGUGGACUCUGACACCCUGUGCACUGAAGAGGUCUUCCCCACUGCAGGAGCUGGAACGGAUCUGCGUUCCAAUUACCUUCUUAAUACUACAAUUGCUGGUGUGGAAGAGGCAGAUGUUGUCCUUUUGGUUGGUACAAAUCCACGUUUUGAGGCACCACUAUUUAAUGCUAGAAUUCGAAAAAGCUGGCUUCACAAUGACUUACAAGUGGCCCUUAUAGGCAGCCCGGUGGAUCUCACUUACAGAUAUGACCAUCUGGGAGAUUCUCCCAAAAUUCUUCAAGACAUUGCUUCGGGUAGCCAUCCAUUCAGCCAGAUCCUAAAGGAAGCUAAAAAACCAAUGGUAGUCCUAGGCAGUGCUGCACUCCAAAGAAAUGAUGGAGCAGCAAUUCUUGCAGCUGUUUCCAACAUUGCCCAAAAGAUUCGGAUGAGUAGUGGUGUUACUGGUGACUGGAAAGUAAUGAAUAUCCUUCAUAGAAUCGCAAGCCAGGUAGCUGCUUUGGACCUUGGCUAUAAACCUGGGGUGGAAGCAAUUCGGAAGAACCCUCCCAAAGUACUGUUUCUUCUGGGAGCAGAUGGAGGUUGUAUCACUCGACAGGAUUUGCCAAAGGACUGUUUCAUUAUUUAUCAAGGACAUCACGGUGAUGUCGGAGCUCCUAUAGCUGAUGUCAUUCUCCCCGGCGCUGCUUACACAGAGAAGUCUGCCACUUACGUCAACACUGAGGGCCGAGCUCAGCAGACUAAAGUAGCAGUGACACCUCCUGGCUUGGCAAGAGAAGACUGGAAAAUUAUAAGAGCCCUUUCUGAGAUUGCAGGAAUGACUCUACCAUAUGAUACUCUGGAUCAAGUAAGGAACAGAUUGGAAGAAGUCUCUCCUAAUCUUGUUCGAUAUGAUGAUGUUGAAGGAGCUAAUUAUUUCCAACAAGCGAAUGAGCUCUCCAAGCUAGUGAACCAGCAGCUUCUUGCUGAUCCACUUGUUCCACCUCAGCUAACAAUAAAAGACUUCUACAUGACAGAUUCAAUUAGCAGAGCCUCACAGACAAUGGCCAAAUGUGUCAAAGCUGUCACAGAGGGUGCUCAGGCAGUAGAGGAACCAUCCGUAUGCUGAAAUACCUACUGGGACCCAGUUUUGCUACAGUUGGUUAAUGGACAGUUAUGUUGGAGUGCUCUCUUAGAGGUAUAUCUCUUUAAAAAAUAAUCUGAAUGAUGUCAUAUUUAAGGUUCUACCAUGUUUUAUUUGAACACGAUACUGCAAUUAUCAAAGAGCUUGAGAUUUCAAAGCAUUUAUGUAUUGUGUGUAAACCUUGUUAAACAGCUUAAUAAACAUUAUACAGAUGCUCUUUCAUGUAAAGGCAUUGACAAUCUUUGUGACAAAAAAAGAAAAUCCUUAAAAUGUGAAUUUUUAUUUAUCUUCAUUGAUGACUUACAUUUGUAAAAUGGAUGAAAUAAGAAUAGCUUCCAUUAGGGGCUUUUUGUUUUAAGUGCUAAAGAAAAGAUUUAUGUAUUCUGUCAAGCUGGGUAAAUAGAAAAAAUAUAUAUAAUAUAACCAUACAUCAGACAUGUAUCUUGGACAACUCUAAUUAAUAAUAAUCAUAAUAAUGAUAGCUAAUGAUUAUUCAGGUUUUUUAAUGUGCUAAGCACUCUGGUUUUACAUACAUUAUCUUGUUUUGUCCUUGUUACAUCCCUUUGAGGCAGUGUUAUCUCAUUUUACAGAUGAAGAAACUGAAGCCCAGGGAUAUUGGGUGGAUAUUGGGAUAUUGCUGAAAGCCACGGCAAAAAAAAAAGUCAUAGAAUCACGCCUGAUUUUCUGACUUCAAAGCCUAUUUGUUCUUAACUGCUGCACAUAAUUUCCUCCCAUUAAUACAGAUUCCAUAGGUUGUUACUUCUAAGAAUUAGUAUUGAGAAGCUUAAUGGAUAACACAUUUUUCUGUUUUCUCUUGAAUCUGUUUGUAAUGUUGUGGUGAUUUAUGUGAUUUUUUUUUUUUUUGGAUAAUAGAUUGCAUACAUAUGCACCCUUGGAAUGAGGGAGGUCUCAAGAGAUAUAAUUUAGGUCCUCAUCGAUGUUCCAUAUAUAUUAUAUUAAUACCAUCUGUAGUAUUAAGCAACUAAAUUAUUCCAGGGAUAGAAGACAAAACUAACAGCUUUCAUAAUUUUCAAUUGUCAAAAAAAAAUUAAAAUUUUACACUUAAUCUAGGAGAUAAUCUAAUGCUAUAUUAAAUGUUUUUCCAAAUCUA